CCAGGCAGGAGGAGGAGGAAGAGGAGGAGGAGGAUGUCGACGCUCAGCGCGUUGCCCUUCCUGAAGCCGGUCCACCUGCGGUCGCCCCGCAGCUCGCCCGGGGGCCAGCGCCGGCACACGCUGCCCGCCAGCGAGUUCCGCUGCCUCAGCCCCGAGGACGCCGUCAGCGUGUUCGAGAUCGAGCGCGAAGCCUUUAUAUCGGUUUCUGGGGACUGUCCCCUGCACCUGGAUGAGAUCCGCCACUUCCUGAACCUGUGCCCGGAGCUGUCCCUUGGCUGGUUUGAGGAAGGGCGGCUCGUGGCAUUCAUCAUCGGCUCCCUCUGGGACCAGGAGAGGCUCAGCCAGGCAGCACUGACCCUGCACAAGCCGCAGGGCUCGGCCGUGCACAUCCACGUGCUGGCCGUGCACCGCACCGUGCGCCAGCAGGGCAAGGGCUCCAUCCUGAUGUGGCGCUACCUGCAGUACCUGCGCUGCCUGCCCUUCGCCCGCCGCGCCCUGCUCAUGUGCGAGCAUUUCCUCGUGCCCUUCUACCAGAAGUGCGGCUUCGAGGCGCUGGGGCCCUGCGAGGUGACCGUGGGGGACCUGGCCUUCGUGGAGAUGCAGCACCCCGUGCAGGGACACGCCUUCAUGCGCAGGAACAGCGGCUGCUGAGGCCCCUCUGCUCUGGCCUGCCUGGGGGGAUGAGAGGCUGCAACCGCUCUCCAUCCCCAGCACUGCGGGGAUCUUCCCCAGCUGGCCCUGGCUACAGCUACUC